AUGGAAUAGUCAUACAAUACAACAUUUGAGAUAUUCUGUUUUGAUGUAAUUUCAUUUAAAAAAUUGCCAAGAUGUGGCACGAGGCUAGAAAGCAGGAGAAGAUGAUCCGGGGGAUGAUAGUGGACUACAGAAGGCGAGCCGAGCGUCGAAAAGACUUUUACGAGAAAAUUAAAGCUGAGCCAACACAAUUUUUACAACUACAUGGCAGGCCAUGUAAGAUACACUUGGACCCAGCUAUAGCUGCAGCAGGAGAGGGACCGGCUAUAAUGAUGCCUUGGCAAGGAGACACAAGCAACAUGAUUGACAGAUUUGAUGUUAGAGCACAUUUAGAUUAUAUUCCGGAAGUGAAAAUUCCUUUUGUGGCCCCGGAAGAUUUGAGCCAAGAAGAGAGGCAAUGUAACUACGAAAGUUACAGGAUUCUGGCACAGAAUGCGUUUCUUGGAAUAAGCGAAGAAAAAUUCCUUCAACAAUUAGCAAUUGAGGAACAAUUUGGCGUAACUUUUGAAGAGAAGGAGAUGCAAAAAGAGAGGUUAAACGAAAAGAAAGGGACGGGUGCUGCUAUAGGAUACAAUUAUAAUGACCCCGGAGCACAACCGUCUUGCUCCAACCCUACUGGCCCUGACGUUAAAAAAACAGAACAGCAGGAGGAUUCUGAUGAUGACUCUGAUCUGGAAAUCAUUGAUGUGGAUCUGAGCAUAGAUGUCAACAAGGUGGAGGCCUCACAGGCACAUGAGUUGAACAGCGUGGGUCCUCUAUUCGGCAUGGCGGGCUGUGACCUGUUCUCGUUCCUCACGGGAGACGCUGAUGAUGCUGAGCAUCAGAAGCAGCUGCUGCGGGAGGAAAAGGAGAAAGCCAUGUUCUCGGGACGGAAGAGUCGAAAGGAGAGAAGGGCUCAUCGGGAUAAGAAGCUGCAGCACCGCGUGGUGAGCCCGCCGGCGUAUGCAGCCCCUCGCGCUAGCUCGGAGACUGCGAGGUCCGUGAGCCGCUCCGCCAGCCGCAGCCCCGAGCCCGCGCCGCAGAUACAGUUCAUCACCUCCUUCGGCCAGGACGACGACGAGGUCAAACCCCCACCUCCAAUUAAACCUCUGUAUGCUGACAAAUUGAAACAAAACCUGAAACCGGAGAUUCUGUAUUCAGAUGUUGCAAGAAAACCACCAGCAAGGUCACCGCCACAAUACAAUGAUUACCAAGGCCCGCGGCCGUUCAUGGGUCCGCACCGGCCCCGCUCACGCUCCUACUCGCGCUCCGUCUCCCGCUCCCGCUCCCGCUCGAGGUCGAGGUCGAGGUCACGGUCGCGGUCGAGGUCAAGGUCGCGGUCCCGCUCCUCGUCCAGGUCGCGCUCCUACAGCCCCCAGCGGAGGUCGAGGUCGACCUCGAGGCCGCGCCAGUACAGGAACAGACGAUCUAGAAGCCCGCCCAAUUACGGUAAACGUAAUCGCUCGAGGUCCAUGUCUUACGAAAGCUAUGACAAGGGCGGUGCGAAGGCGGCGGUGCCGCGGUACUAUGGGCGCCGCAAGGAGGACAAGUCCUCCAGCGAGCUCUCGCUAGACUCGGACUCCAGCGACGCGCCCGAUGACGGGAAACGCACGUCGGCGGUUAAAUCCAACACAAACCAGAAUCAGUUACGAUUAACUGGAUCCAGCUCCAAAGGUUCAUCGCGGCACACAAAUUCCCUCAAGGAAAAGCUCAAAAAGAAGAUGCAGGCUCAGUUAUCAAGGCAACUGCGGGCAGACAAGCGGGCUGAAGCGGAGCGGCUGGAGCGGGAGUCGCGGCGGCAGGCGCGGCGCGACGAGGAGAUGCGCGACCUCGCCAUCAAGCUGCGGCGCAAGCAACGUGAAAUGCGGCAUCAACAGAACAGAAGGUCUAGCGACGAUGACUCAGACGCAAGCCAUAGUGGGUCGUCAAGAGACUCGCCUACGCAGGAAAAGAAGAAAGACGAGGGUAGUCGCUCGAAAAGCCCCUCGCCGACGCCAAAGAAGAUACCGGUGUGGGAAACAAACAGGGACGCCCCCAGAGUCCCCCCGGACGCCUACAGAAACAAGUACGACACCGGCGAGAGCUCGCAGUACCCCCCGGACGCCGGAAGAUACGAAACCGAGAGCUUCGACCGACCGCCCCCGCCCUACCCGCCCCCGAGAUACCCCAACAGGGACUACCAGAGUCGCAGCUACGACAACCGGCAAGAUCACAACACGUACGAGCAACCACAGAGUAGAUGGGAUCAGAACAGCUACCCGGCGGCGCGGAGACGGCCGUACACGCACCGCGGCGGGUAUCGCGGGCACGGCGACGGCGGGGCGCACCACGAGCACGAGCAGCCCCCGCCCCCGCCCGACCACGACCGAGACGCUUCCAGCAGUUACAACAGGAGCAAAGUCAAGCUUGUCGACUAUUAGGCCUUCCCGAGGUUGGAAAUUUGAUGCCAAAUUAGAUGAUUAUUAUGUCGUUCAAAUUCAUAUCACUAGGGAUUUUAUGUGUAUUUUCUACGCGUUCCCAUUCAAUUUCAAUGAGGCUUUUCGAGAUAUUGUCCAUAUUUAAAGGUUUCGACCCCAUCCCUUUCGUGGACACGUUUCUAACCAAUCUGUUGUAGAUUUUCGCGAACUUUUCGAAUAUUUGGUAGAAUUAUCGUAUUUCCACUGAACAUAGAGUAACUUAUACUAGAGCGGUACUGUCAUAGUAAAUUUUGUAACCCCAGUAAAUCACUGCCAUCUGUCGACACAAAACUAAAAAUGGAGAUUUAUAAAAAUACGAUAAAAUAUAUUUAAAUAUGGAUAAAUGUUUUUUUUUUGCAUUAAUUAUUUUUAAGAUUUUGACCCAUGUUCUUUCACUGAUAUACGUUAAAAUUGUUAAAUAACAAACGAAACCGUCAACGCCAUCUAUACAACAGUUGGCCAAAGCUAGUAGCGCCCUCUGAACGACAAUCAAUUUUUUUUGAUUUUCGAGGCACGUUUUUUCCUUAGACUGUAUUCAUCUAUUACGGAGUUAUAUCUAUCUUUGCCACUGAAUAAGUUAAAAAGUCAUCGACAUCUAUUGCACAUUCUACAAAAGUGUCCGCGAAAAUAAUUCCGAACCAGAUUAAUGUACAAAUCCAAUUGAACAAUGAUCGUGCUUCUGUCACCUAGCUAGAAGUUAAAUAAGCUCCUUAUGACGAUCGAUUCACCCAUGUACAAUGUACAAAUAGCGACACUCUUCUAUCCAUCGGUAGACCUUAUUACAAUAUUACAAGGCAUAAGGUCCACUGAUGGACAGUUAAGAGGCCGUAGUCGAUUUUGGAGCAAAAAUUAAAAAUUGAUAGAUUUAGUCGUUGAAAUUAUACACAUUUUGUUACGUAAUAUCUAAAUAACAAGUAUUGGUUUCUAUUAGCACGUCUUCUCAUCUUGCCUUUUAAUAAUGAGGUCGCGAGCGUGCGUCACCGAUAAUAUAUGAAAAGAAGGGGCAGUUUUUAAAAAUUCAUCAAAAAUUUAUGGUGGUAAAUUAUACAAAUUGAUGUAUAAGAAUAGUUUCAGCAAAUGUUGUAGAUUGUUUAAGUACCAAAAUUACGUUGAAAUUAAGUCCAUUUUCAGAGAAAUUGUCACUUGUUUUGAAGUAAUUUCUGGAGAAAAUUGAUUUCGUCUAACUUUCAUUUACACUACUUCAAAGUCAUAAUAAUAAAAAUGUAGUCUGAUAAACGUCAAGUACCGGAUAUGUGUAAUACAAAAUUACCAUGUUUCCAGUCCAAACUUUACGAUAUUUACAAAUAAGAGCGACAAAAUCAGUGCUUUACGCGCGUUUACCAAGACGUCCAUCAGAAAAGCAAACAUUACUAAUUUAGUGAGUCUGUUUUCAAAAAAAUGAUCUGAUAAAAGGUAAGAUAAGAAUACGUGCUAAUAGAAACCAGUACUUGUAAUUUCAAUUAGGUAACAAAAGGUGUACAAUUUCACCGACUAAAUCUAUCAAUUUUACAUUUUUGCGACUAAAAUCGACACCGGCCUCUUAAGAGUGCGGGCGAUGGUACGAUAGAAAUUACACCUUAAAUUUAAUUGAGAAUACUUUUAGUACAGCGGCCAGAUGACCUAAAACACCAUUCGAUGUGACUGGACAGUAUACUACCGACAAGUGGUAUCGUUGUGUUCGGUAGAGUCUACUGAGUACGAAAUAACAACUGGUCACUUUCUAAGAGUGUGGGGGGGAUAACUGUGACGUCACAAAAUCGGCAGUACAAAGUUUUUAACUUUUUUCUUUUAAACAUACCAUGUGGGGUACCAAAUGAAAGGGCUUUGUGAGUAGAUUACAAAUAUAUAACAUAGUCUAACAUUUUCACUACUUGGUCUAACAAAAUAUUAGAAAACGCUCAAAAAUUUCACAAUCCUGAGUUGAUUUUGAAUUGCUCUAAAUUGAAAAUGGCUUAAUGGAUUAGUCCCAAAUUUAUAUACAAUGACUGUGAAUAUCCUCUAUAUUAUAUCUAAAAGCAAUUAAACAGAUAUAUCCAAAAAUAAGAAAAGUAUAUGAAGUUGAAUAACAGUAUAAAUUUCUGGUCUAAUGUAUGUAUUUAUUUUGGUAUAGUAUAACAGAAAAUUAUAGUGUUAUUCAACUUGAUGUACUUUUCUUAUUUUUGGAUAUAUCUGGUUAAUUAUUUUUAGACAUGAUAUAAAGGAUAUUCACAGUCAUAUUGUAUAAUAUUUGGACUAAUCCAUUCAGCCAUAUUCAAUUCAGAGCAGUUCAAAGUCAACUCUGAAUUGUGAAAUUUUUGAUCAUUUUCUAAAAAUUUGUUAGACCAACUAGUGAAAAUGUUAGAGUAUGUUAUAUAUUUGUAAUCUACUCACAAAGCCCCUUCAUUUGGUACCCCACAUGGUAUGUUUAAAAGAAAAAAGUUAAAAACUUUGUACUGCCGAUUUUGUGACGUCACAGUUAUCCCCCCACACUUAGAAAGUGACCAGUUGUUAUUUCGUACUCAGUAGACUACCGAACACAACGAUACCACUUGUCGGUAGUAUACUGUCCAGUCACAUCGAAUGGUGUUUUAGGCCAUCUGGCCGCUGUACUAAUUGGGCGUAUUCCAUUAUGGACGCUGUAUGUUACUUUAUACCGCAUUAAAAAAUGGUAUGUUGAAAUUUUUUUAAAGUUUACUGCACUUGUCAAAGUAUAUUAAUAUAUACAUAUAUUCAUGAGUAGAAAGAAUAUACAAUUAUUGUUCAGUUAUUGUAAUUAACGGAAGAAAGUACUAUUUGUCUUGUUAUAAAACUUACGUGAUUCGUAAUUAAUGUUACUAACGGGUGUUACUUAACGCGGGAUUUCAUUAUUUUUACCUUUUUUCCAACGUUUCAGCCGGGUUGCACAGCUGUGAUCACGGAAGACUGACGUCCCAGCAAAAUGUCAAUGGAUGUAAUAUAUUGGUAAACAACACUAAACAGCUAGUGCAACCUGGCUGAAACGUCGGAAAAAAGGUAAAAUAAUGAAAUGCUAUCGCGUUAGUAACAUUAAUUACGUGUACAAAACGCGAGAGUUUAAAGUGUUACGUGAUUCGUAUUUUCAUCUUCAGACUUGUGUAAAUAUUUCAAACACCAUUUUUAUUUUUACUUUAGUAAUAUUAUAAGCAGCUUUUACAGUCUUAAAUAAAUACACUU